AGCAAUUACAUUACACAAGCACAAAACAUUGCUGUUUAAAAGCAUGUUGGCAGUACAGUACAGUAGAUGGUGGCCCAAAAGCCCUUGCUGCUGCUCUAUCGCCAUGCUCCUUGGCAUAAUCUACCACUUGUAGUUUCAAGGAGAUUGUGUAGCUCAAUCUUUCUCCUGCUGCCAUAACGGUGAGGGUGUUGGUGUGUUUUGUUAUGAUCUUCGUCAAAUAGCUACUGGCAUUAAGUCAGGAUUCCAAUCAGCUGAUAUCUAUAAACAUGCAUCAUAGCCUCACAAGUUAGAUUGCUUUAAUUUUUACGAUAAUUCGUUUGUAAAGUAAUAAUAAUAAUAAUACCAGCAAUAAAAUAAUGAUGCAUGGAGUAAGGGGAUAGAAGUACUGAUCAUAAGGUAGGUUAGUGAGUGUCAGGGAGAUGAUUAGCCUACAGGAGGUAUUAACUUCGCAUAUUGGACACAGGGCCAUUUUUUUUUUACCAAAAAUGUGGGAAAAAGAUGCAUCCUAUGUGCCGUUAAAUACGAUAGUUAAACACCAACUUAAUGUUUGUUGACAAGGUGUAUGUAGAGCUGAAUAUGCCGUUUAUGCGUCUUUCAGGUGAUACUGUAACAUUGUUUUAGUCACCCUUAGGCCCAAGCGCCACGCCGCAGAAAGAAACUGAGGCGACGUGAGGGGUGACUAAGAAAAACAAAUGUACAAAUAUUCUAUAAUUUACUGUUUAUAUGAUAAAUGGUAAACAAUCAUCUAUGUUUAAUAUCACAUGUUCUAGGAAACACUUUUUACAAUAUUUCUAAUAAAGAAAAGGAUAAGUUGGGCUUGAGACCGUUAUGUAUUUGUAUACCAAUGUUCAGAUUUUCUUGUUUAUGAUCAUAUGUUACUGUAUAACCUUCUCGCAUCAAUAAAUGUCAGUCAACUCUGAAAGGAAGGUUCUCAAACCUUACAACUGGUGACCCCGGAGUGACUUGGACCCGCGCUCAACAAUGAACUCCACCGACAACACGAAGGCAAACACCGAUGUAGUUCCAGUCCACGCCGUAGCAGUGAAGCUUUUGCCGUUCUGCUCCAAGGAGGCGGUCUCGUGGUUCCGACGGGCAGAGGUCCAGUUCCACCUACGAAAAAUUACAGACCCCCGCACCAAGGCAGAUUACGUGUUGGAGGCCGUUCCUGAGGAACUUUUCCCCCGUAUAGCUGCGUGGCUGGACAACCAGGUCAAGGACGUAGAAUACGAAGACCUCAAGAGUUACCUCCUUCAGGAAUUCACACUCAGUGUCAGCGCCCGUGCCCAGCAUCUCCUAAGUAUGCCACAAACACCCCUGGGAGACACCACAGCGCACACAGCCUGGAAUGAGAUGCAAGCUCUUGCUACACUGCCUGACCUCGACCCCAAAACCAACAAACCACGCCGUAUAGACCUGCUUCGCGAGCUGUGGCUGCAGCGCCUUCCCUCCUCUGUAAGAGCGGACCUACACGAAGUGGAUGACUGCCCCAUGGAAGACCUAAUAAGGAAGGCUGAUAAUCUCAUCAAUGCUGCCAGGGCCUCCUGCAGCCCUGAUGCCAUCUGCUCUUUCCCUGCCGAGAACCUUCCCAACACCAAUGCUGCCAAGUUCGCUCCCCACAGGUGGCCACUCAACAACCAGGUACGUGACCACAAACUAGGAGCCCAUGAUCAACUACCGCCCCAUGGAAUGUGCCACUAACACUACAAGUUUGGAGCAGGGGCUCGAAAGUGCACCCCUGGCUGCCAGUGACCAAAAAACGUGUAACAAGGCCACCGCUUCCCUCAACGGUGGCCUCUCAAGACCCGAACAUCCAUACACUGGGACCACCAGGCUCGGGAUUCUUCAUCACCGAUGUCUUAUCUGGCUGGAAGUUUCUAGUGGAUACCGGCGCUUUUCAUUCCCUAUUUCCAGCCACAACAGAGGAUAGGAAGCUUCCCUUGAAGGAACCACCAAACAUCAAGCUCAUUGCUGCCAACGGAAGCAACAUUCCAAUCUACAGCACCCGAACCAUCCCUAUUCAAGCAGCCGAACGCAGCUUCUCCUGGGA